AUGAGUGGAUUUGAAUCGCUUUCUAAAUCAUUGAAGCCACAAUCAGAAGUUGCCAUCCAUACACUUCAUCCAACAUUGGAACAAAAACCACGCGCUAAAUACAGUGUACCAGACUGGUUCAAUCAUAAUUAUGCGAUAUCAUAUGAUGCAGAACGUAGUCGAAAUGUAUCGCAUCAAGUACGACAAGAUGGUCGGCGAUUAAUCAAUGAAACAUACAAUGAAUCAUGGUGGAAUAAACAUGAUAAUGAUGUACGAAUUUCUGAUCGACUUGAUGAAGUAGAUAAAUGGCGUAAAACACUUGAAUAUACAAUUCAAGAUGUUGAUCGAGAAAUUCAAGCUAUACAAUCUACUAAAGAACAAUGUGAACGAUAUCUUGCACAUAUGCGAAGUCCAUUAGAUGUUUCAUUGGAAAAUCAUGUUACACGUGAUGGUCGUAAAGCUAUUGAUAAUGUUGAUGAUGAAGCUGAACGUGAAUUGAAAAAAGAAGUUUAUGUUAUUGAUGGUAUUAAACGACAACUUCAUCAACAAGUUCAAACAGCAUUUGAUCAAAUUGCUCGUCUUAAUGAAGCUAAACAACAAUUAAUUCGAGAUUUACAAGAUAAACAUACAGCUUUUGCAAUCUGUGAAGAAAAUUUACAAUUAAAUGAAUUUUCACCAAAUAUUAGUUAUAAACCUGAUCCAUGUCGACCAAUCAAAGGACAAAUAACACCGGAAGAAUGGAUUGCAUUUUCAAAAUAUAAUAAAGAUCGUGCAGAAAAAGAAAUUUAUGAAUCAACACGUCUUCGUGAAAGUAUCUUUCAUACAAUGGGUCAAUCAUCAGCUGAUCUUGAAUCACAAAGCAAAGCAAGUGAAUAUGCAUUACGAAAACGUCUUCAUGAACUUGAACGAGCACUUAAAGAACUUGAAUGGCAAAAGAAACAAACGGAAGAAGAAAUACUUAGUAAUGAAAAUGAUAUUGAUCGUUUAGAAAAAGCUAUUCGUGAUAAAGAACCAUUAAUUAAAUUAGCUAUGUCUCGACAAGAAAAUCGUCAUAGUCGUCCAGGAAUGGAUUUAGUUCGUGAUGAAGUUACCUAUGGAUUAUGUGAUGAAAUACAACAAUUAAAAGCUGAAAAACGUGCUUUAGAAGAUCAAUUAAAACAAACAAAACAUGCAUGGAAUAUUCUUCAACAACAAUUACAUCGAAUUGAAGAUGAAAUAGCAGUUAAGUCAAAUUCAGUUAUGCUUGAACAACGAGCUUUAGAAACACGACGUCGUUUAAACACAGAAAUAACACCAAAUACUCAAACCGAUCGAAAUCGACAAUUACUUAAUAUGGAUACAAGUGGUCUUCGUCAUGUUCUUCAAUCUAUUUAUUAA